AAGCUUGGGGAUGGAGUCCCGGAGUGGCUCAGGCUCAGGAGCAGAGGGCCUGUGGCAACAGGACUCCCAGGAGCCAUGUUGUCAGAAGUCCUGCUAGUGUCUGCUCCAGGGAAAGUCAUCCUUCAUGGAGAGCAUGCUGUGGUCCAUGGCAAGGUAGCACUGGCUGUGGCCUUGAACUUGAAAACAUUCCUCUGGCUUCAGCCCCACAGCAAUGGGAAAGUGGGCCUCAACUUACCCAACAUUGGCAUCAAGCGGGCCUGGGAUGUGGCCAAGCUUCAGAUGCUGGACACCAGCUUUCUGAAGCAAGGUGACGUCAAAGCACUCACCCCGGAGCAAGUGGAGAAGCUUAAGGAGGUGGCGGGCUUCCCCAAGGACUGUGCUGACCACGAGCACCUGGCUGUGCUGUCCUUCCUUUACUUGUACCUGUCCAUCUGCCAGAGUCAGAGAGCCCUGCCCAGCCUGGACAUUGCCGUGUGGUCAGAGCUGCCCACUGAGGCCAGCCUCGGCUCCAGUGCCACCUACUCUGUGUGUUUGUCAGCUGCCCUCCUGACUAUGUGCAAGGAGAUCCCAAACCCGCUGAAGGAUGGAGAGGCCGCCAGCAGGUGGACGGAGGAGAAAUUGGAACUAAUUAACUAGUGGGCCUUCCAGGGGGGUAGGGUGAUUCACGGGGACCCCUCCGGAGUGGACAAUGCUGUCAGCACCUGGGGAGGAGUGCUCCAAUACCAGCAAGGGAAGAUUUCAUCCUUAAAGAGGCCACCAGCUCUGAAGAUCCUGCUGAUCAACACCAGAGUCCCUCACAGCACUAAGGUCCUGGUGGCCGGUGUCAGGAGCAGGCUGCUGAAGUUCCCAGAGAUCAUGGCCCCCCUCCUGACCUCCACAGACGCCAUUUCCCUGGAGUGCGAGCGGGUGCUGGGGGACAUGGCAGUGGCCCCGGCCCCAGAGCACUAUCUCGUGCUGGAAGAGCUCAUCGACAUGAACCAGCACCAUCUGAAUGCCCUCGGUGUGGGCCAUGCCUCGCUGGACCAGCUGUGCCAGAUCUGGAGCAGCCAGAGGUGGAGGCCAUGAAGCAGGUGCUGACCAGCUGUGGGUUUGACUGCUGGGAAACCAGCAUCGGUGCCCCUGGUGUCUCCAUCCACAUGGCCGCCUCCCUGGACACCCCUGUCCAGCAAGCCCUGGAUGGCCUCUGAGAUGAAACCACCCCACAACGAA